AUGAUUAUUCUCUUUAAUAAUUUGACUGACUUCUAUGGCUAUUAUUAUCCCUAGUUGAUAUCAAAAAUUAAUUAUAAUUUAAUACUUUAAAUUAGGUUUGGAUUCUUUUAUUCUAUGAGUUUUAUUUGUGACAUUAUUAAUUAAAUUAUGUUCGGAUAUAUUUUAGCAUGGCUGUGUCAAUUAAUUGAUAAGACUAUUACGCUUAUACGUAAAAGAAUAAGACCGAAAAAGAAGUUUGGACUAGGACGUUAUCAGUAAAUCCCUAGGUCAAAUUCAUCAUAUACUGGGAGAUUGAAAUUACUGAUAGGAUUGGAGGGGACUCUUGUUUGUACAAGUCCUACUCCAGUUCAAGGGUGGGAUAAAAUCAAUAUCAAGUAAGAUGCAUGCAAUAUUUGUUUUCAGAUAUCACUCAGGACUCACCCAGGAAUUUUAUGUUAAACAUCGCCCAUAUCUAGACCAAUUUUUAUUGAGUGUUUCAGAAAUUUAUGAUGUCAGCAUUUAUACAACCCAAAUUUAAGAGUUUGCUGCUCCUAUAAUAAAUCGAUUUUGCAUUCAAUUCAAACUUAAUUUUUACAGAUAAAAGUAAAUUUUAUUUUUCACAUAGUCAUGUGUAUAAUCUCGCAAUAAAAUCAGAAAGGAAAUCAAUAUGACAACAUCUAAUCCUCAUAAUGUAAUAUUUGUGGAUUAUGAUGAGGAUUAAUGCUUAGGUAUAAAUUUUAGAAAUCCAUAAAAGCCAACUCUGAAAAUGCUUAUCAAAUAUAAUAGUAUAAUGGUCAAGACAAUGAUACUGAAUUGUUGAAAUUGAAGGACUUCUUAAUUCAUGCAGAAUCAUAGAUGAAAGUUCGUAAAGAGCAAGAUCCUAGCGUUACAAUUUAAGACAUAUUAUUAGAACUAACAGAAGAG